UAAUAAAUUCAUGGUAUCCCCGGAGCACCACAAGCAACAAUAUUACUUGUUCGUUCAAUUCAUUGUUUUUAGUCUGUGUUUGAUUGUCUCUACCUACGUCAGUUAGUGAAAAAAAUAAUCGAGAAGCAUUUUGUCUGGGUUGGGAAAAAUGGCUGCUGCGAAUAUUUUCCGAAGUGCUUUCGGUGGAUUAUUACGAAAAUCCACAACAUAUAGAACACCGGUGACAUGUCGGCUCUCAAGCGUAGCCCUGCAACAAAAAAUCCACACAGUAAAAGCCGCCGUAAAACUAUAUAACAUUCAGUCCCUACAAAACGGGGUGCCCUCUCCGCGAAUACAACAGUACUCGACAGGAGCGCAGUCUAAACCCUCUAUAGAUGAGAUCAAGGAGCGAGUGCUGAAAGUUUGCAGGGCUUACGACAAACUGAGUGGUAGUCAGAACGAGAGAUUCGGCGUCCGCAAGUACAGUGGAGGCCCUCCCCUCACGUUAGAACUUAUUAAAAGUAGGGUUCUCCUUGUACUCCAACUUUAUGACAAAAUUAAUCCUGAAAAGCUGACUGUUGAAAGUCAUUUCAUGAAUGACCUCGGUCUCGACUCACUGGACCAUGUGGAGGUGAUCAUGGCCAUGGAAGAUGAGUUUGGUUUUGAAAUCCCUGAUGCCGAUGCAGAAAGGCUGGUCCGACCCAAAGAUAUCAUUCAAUAUGUAGCAGACAAGGAGGACAUCUAUGAAUAAAUAAAAAAUAAUGUGAACUAUCUCUGUAUUUUAGACCAGUUGUACAAUUUGAAAUAAGAAAUGCAGCAUAGACAAAAUUGACAGUGUUUUUUUAAUUUGCAGCUGGUCUAAGAUGGCAAAGCAUUCAGUUUAGGGUUUAGCUCCAAUUUGUUUGAUUUUGGCAUUGUUCACAUAUGAAUAAUGUGAGAUGUUAACCAUCUGAGCCGAUGUAUAAAGUGUAAAUUGCGUUUUUAUUAAUUAUAUGCCUGUUAGAGUAGAU